AUGCUUCCAGCCAGCGGCGAUACCUGUGAUGCAGCUUUUGUGCCAGAUACCCGAGCUUGUCACACAAAGCUGCCGAUACUUCGCACUCUGAAGACCUUCAAUCUCCCACCUCAACAGGCCGAUGAAAUCUCGCUUUCAGCAUCCAUACUCUUGAUAACACCCACAUCAGAAAUCCUCGGUGGACAUUCACUCAGAAUUCUGAUCGCUCCUUCUGGAUUCAAAGAGAGCCUCGGCCCAGAGCAUGUAGCAGACGCCAUUGAGGCUGGUUGCAGGAAGGUCCUGGACGAGAGGUCUGUCGUCAUAUGCAAACUUCCUCUGCACGAUGGAGGAGAAGGCUUUGCUCGUGCUCUGGUAGCGGCUCAUGGCGGUACAAUUACCAACCAGACUGUGAUAGGUCCUAUCGGGCUACCGGUGCAGUCACACAUAGGCUUUAUUAAUGAUAACAAGACAGCGGUUCUGGACAUGGCUGCAGCUGCCGGACUCCGUCUUGUUCCCAAAGAGUCUCGCAAUCCUACCGUGACCACCACAUAUGGAGUUGGAGAGUUGAUGAUGAAAGCGCUGGACGCCGGGUGCACCAAGAUCAUCAUUGGAUGCGGAGAUUCAGGAACUUCCGAUGGUGGUGCGGGUAUGCUUCAAGCCCUCGGCGUUCGUCUUCUAGACGUAAAUGGUCAGGAGCUUCCUAAAGCAGACGGAGGUCGAGCGCUCUCACGCCUGGACAAGAUCUGUUGGUGUAGUAUUCACCCACGAUUGCGCAAAGAUGCAGUCGAGAGAGUUGAGAUCGAAGCUGUAUGCAACAUCAAGAAUGUCCUCUGCGGCUCUAAAGGUGUUGCACGAGUAUACGGUCCACAAAAAGGUGCAACUCCAGAACAAGUGGGCUUGCUUGCAGCAGCUUUGUACCAACUGGCACAAGUUGCACAGAAGACGCUGAAAAGAGACGUCUCGAGCGCUCCUGGAAGCGGCGCCAGCGGAGGGCUUGGGGCUGGCUUGAUGAUGCUUGGCGCCAGGCUGCGGGCUCGAAGCGAUGCUAUCAAUGAGUACUUCGAGUUCGACCGCGUCUUUGAGAAGCAGUGGGACUUUGUCAUCACUGCUGAAGGAAGUCUGGACUCCCAGUCGACCCAAGGUAAGAUGACGACAGAGAUUGCUCGCCGAGCGAAGGGAUGCGGAGCGCAAGUUGUUGCGCUCGCUGGAACCAUCGGAGAGGGAGCGGACGGUUGCUACGGGGCAGGUAUCAAAGCCUUCACAAGCAUCAUGAGAGGCCCUCUCACGCUAGAAGAAGCAAUCUCACAGACUGAAAAUCUAGUGGAGGAUGGCGCCGAGAAGGUUGUGAGAAUGAUCAUGGUCGGGAUGGCUCUUGGCAAGAGGCACCGCCGCUAG